AAAGAUCAUCUUUGGUCACAAUGUUUCUUGGUAUAAUAAUUUCUACAUCUGGAUUAAUAAUAAAUAUCAUUCAAGCUAUUUUAUAUUUUUGCCUAAAACGUUACAACAAACAUUAUUAUCGUAAAAUUAAUUAUUAUCUAUGCUAUAUAAUUUAUUCACAAGUAGUAUUUCUUGGAGAUUGGUGGUCAGGAAGUGAGUUAUCAAUAUACAUGAAUGAAGAUGAUUAUAAAAAAUAUUAUGGUAAAGAGCAUGGAUUUGUGUUGAUGAAUCAUUGCUAUGAAGUUGAUUGGAUUAUUGCUUGUAUGUUAUUAGACAGAAUGAAAAUAUUAGGAAAUUUCAAAUUGUCUGCAAAAAAUACUCUUGAAUAUUUUCCAGUUCUUGGAUGGUUAUUGAAAUUUGGAGAAAGUAUUUAUUUAAAGCGUAAUUGGGACAUUGAUAAGAGAAUAAUUGGACCAAAAAUUUUACAAUUAACUUCCUAUUUAGAUCCAAUGUGGUUAUUGUUUUUCGCAGAAGGUACUCGUGUAUUACCGAAAUAUCUGUUGGAAAGUCAAAAAUUUUCAAAAGAAAAAGGACUUCCAAUUUUAAAGUAUCACUUGACACCACGUACAAAAGGUUUUAUUGAAAUUAUACGUUAUUUGAGAGGUAAAAAUGUAGCAAUUUAUGAUAUACAAAUAGCAUUCAAUCCAGAUGAUCAAGUUGAACCAACAAUAAUAAAUAUAUUGAGAGGAAAAAAACUUCAUGCUCAUUGUUAUAUUAAACGAAUUCCAUUAUCUGAAGUACCUGAUGAAGAGGCUGCUGCUGUUUGGCUGUAUAAAAAGUUUCAGGAGAAAGAUAAAAUGGCUGAUAGUUUUAACAAUACUGGAGAUUUUUUUGCAACAAGUGGAAUUGAAAAAACAUUAAUUUACAAACUUGAUAAAAGAUAUUUAUCAUUGAUUAAUGUUGUCACUUGGGCUUUGUUGAUUAUCGUUUCAAUGCUUAUUUUUUUUAUUAAACUUUAUUUAUUUGGAAGCGUUAUUUGUUUAUUAAUUGCUGCAAGUUGUUUGGUAAUUCCUUAUGUAGCCAUGAACAUAGCUAUUUCACUGUCAUGAGAUAUUAACAAGGCUGUCUCAUCCUUUAGAAAUUCAACGCUUAUAAAUUAUUGUAUUAAAAGAAUAUGGUCAACG